AUGCAUCCGCUGCUGACGACCGACCAAACCAACCUGGCUGCGCUCACGGCGGCGGCGCGCGAGAUGGCGAUGGACUUUCUCCAGCGCUUACCGAGCGAUGUACCGGCUGCCCGACCGACGCCGUCGUCCAGUGCCAGCGACCUGCCACCCGUCGAAAGCAACAAUGGCAUCGGCAGCGCGGGGCCGCGGUACCUUGGCUUUGUCACGGGUGGCGCGACGCCAGCGAGUCUCGUCGGCGAUUGGCUCACGUCGGCGGUCGACCAGAAUCCGCAAAGCCACUGGGACUCGGACGCACCCGAGCUGGAACGCAAGACCGUGCGGGCGCUGGCCGACUGGUUCAACCUACCGUCGCACGACGGGGCGUUCGUGACGGGGGCGAACCAUCGCGGUGUCAACGUCAGUCACGACGGACUAUGCGCUAUCGGACGCAUUGCGAUCUACAGCGCGCGGCCGCACUCGAGCGUCCAUAAGGCAGCGUCCAUGCUCGGGCUCGGGCGCACCGCCGUGACACCCGUUCCGGUGCUGCCGCACCGCGAGGCCAUUGACGUCCGCGCGCUCGAAGCCCAGCUGGCUACGUCGCCAGAGACGGCGUCGAUCGUUGUGGCUACGUUGGGCACUGUCAACAGCGGCGAUUUUGACGACCUUCCCGCGCUCUUGGCGCUUCGGACAAAGUACACGUUUUGGCUCCACGUCGACGGGGCAUUUGGGGCCUUCGCCGCCCUUGACACGCGGUUGCAGCACCUCGUGGCAGGUCUCGAUGGCGCCGACUCGAUCUGCAUCGACUGCCACAAGUGGCUCAACGUGCCGUACGACAGCGCGAUCCAAUUGACACGGCGCCGCGAUCUUCAAGUGCGCGUUUUCUCCAACGCCGCCGCCUCGUACCUCGGCAGCAUUGGCACGAUCCCCAGUUUUGUGCACUUGACACCGGAAAAUUCGCGGCGCUGGCGGGCGCUCGCCGCGUGGUUUGCCAUCACAGCGUACGGUCGUGACGGCCACGCCGACAUUGUCGUGCGUAAUAUUGAUGGGGCGCGCGCCCUUGGCGCGCGUAUCGAGGCCGAGCUCGGGCACGUGCUUCGGCUCUUGGCGCCGGUCCGCCUCAAUAUUGUCUUGUUUACCUAUGCCAACGAUGCGGUCGCGAACGAAGCGAGUAUGCUCGACCUCCUACAGCGCCUUCGCGACACAGGCGAUGCAUUCAUGACACCAACGUGCUACGACGGCACGUGGGCGAUGCGCGCGGCGUUUAGCAAUUGGCAAACGACCACCGACGACGUCGACCGGGUCUUUGCCGCGCUCCGUCGCGUCGUCGUCUAAGGCAAACGUCGUCGGUGAUGGUGCCACCUCCCGCAACUUCCGCAUCGCCGCAAGUGCCGGUACGACUCCACCUCCUCUGUCUGCGGUGACACAAAGCGACGACGACGACGACGGGCGUCGGAAAGACGACGUCAAUAAAGUAGCUUCUUCAAGAUACCGUGCAUUCCAACGCACUUGAAAUUCAGUGCAGUGCUUCCUCGGCCGGAUCAAGUAGCUUUGUG